CAUCCCCUUGUGAAGCCCAAACAAGUGAAAGGUAUAAUGAUAUAAAAGUGAGGUGCACGCGCGCAGCGCCUCCGACUUGACGAAAUGGCGGUGGUAGCGCGACUGGUUAUAUUAGCAAUAUGCGCGUGCGCAAACGCGCAGUAUGCAGAGGAGCGCGCCCCGCGAUACAUCGCAACCGAAUCGAAGACAGCGCCGCCGCCACCUGUUGCCAUCCUCAAACAAAUUAAUAGACACAAUGAGGAUGGUUCCUACACAUACGGCUACGAAGCUGGUGAUGGCUCCUUCAAGAUCGAGACCAAGUCGCCCACGGGGGAGGUUAAGGGGAAAUAUGGGUACAAAGAUGAUACUGGCAAGUUAAGAGUCAUUGAGUACGGAGCCAACAAGUAUGGUUUCCAGCCAGCCGGUGAAGGCAUCACAGUCGCGCCACCCACUCUCGUCGACGAGUCCACCAGGGACGAGGGCUUGAGACCCAGCAAGUCUCAACAGGGAGGCCGCUCGCAAUACCGCGCGCCGGCCCAGUCCAUCGACUACGACUACGACGAGCCGGCGCCCCGGCCCGCGCCCCGGCCGGCGCCCCAGCAGUACCGGCCCGCGCCCGCGCCCGCGCCCCAGUACCGGCCCGCGCCCACGCCCGCGCCCCAACAGUACCGACCGGCGCCUCAGCCACAGCAGUAUAGGCCGCAGCAGUCAGCGCCCACGCCACCUAAGCCGCAAUUCUUCGCGGGAGCAGCGCCAGCGCCCGCAGAGGACAACUUCUUCAGCCCGGAGCCGCAAGCGAGGCAGCAGCAGUACAGACCGAAGCAGGACUUCAGACCCGCGCCGCAGCCGCAGCAGUUCUCGCAGCGACACACAGAGGUGGACUUCAACCAGGACUUCGCCCCGUCCGCCCCGCAGCCCCGCUUCCCCCCCUCCAACCAGUUCCCC